AUGGCCUUAAAUCCAGUGGAGAAACUCCGGAAACAAAAGCAGAAACAACUGCUCCUGAAACAAAAGAAACAACGACAACUGAAAAACAAAGAAAAGUUUACGAAAUUAUCUCGCGAAGAAGUGGAACAGGAGUACGAAAAACUCAAAAGGAAACCAAAAUCGAACGUGGAUGAGAAAGAUGUGCAGAGAUUGAAAAGUUUAGAGAAGCGGUUGUUGGAGGAAAAGAAGACGACGCCGAAGAACGACAUCGGACCAACAGCAGCAUUAAAUAAUGGUGGGGUUAAAAGGAGUAGUAAUAAUGGCAACAAAAUCGCGUACGAUGAUUACGUCGGCGAAUCUGCGAGAGAUGCGAAAGAUAGCGUGUAUUAUCAUCCGACGCUCAAUCCGCUCGGGAAACCGCCGCCUGGGAAGCCGCAGAAGUACGUGCAAAGGAAGAGAGGCGGGAAGGUGGACGCGGGGAUGGCGUUGCCGGCACCGGAAAAGAGGAAGAGGAAAAGAGACGGGGAAGGAGGUACGGAUAGUAGUAGCGGCGAGAGUAGCGGCGAGAGUAGCGACGACGAGGAGGAAGGCGGCGGGAAUAUUUUCACCAAAAUGUUCAACGUUGACAGCGGCGCAAAGGCGAAGAAAGAAAAAAAAGUACCGGGCCCGCCGAAAGGUCCGCCGCCGCCGUUGUUAGAAGGAGAAGAUGCGAGCGAAGAUGAGGAUGAGGAAAAAUACACUGACGUUGUCGUUCCGCCGCCGGUAGGACCGCCGCCGGGAUGGAUGCCGCCUGCGCCGAGCGGGUCGCCGCCGCCGUCGGACGAGGAGGAGGAGGAGGAGAACAUAGAAGAGAUAGUUAUAGACGGUAUCGUUGUUCCGCCACCACCUCCAGACGAUACCGAUGAAGACGACGACGAGGAGGAGGAAGACGAAGAAAAAGAAGUAGAAAAAGUAGAAACGACGGCGCCUCCACCUCCGCCUCCGCCGGUUGGUAUCGACAUUGCCAGGACCAUCAACAAACCGCCAAUGUUCGGCAACACGCUGGAAAUGAAGGCGCAGUCGCACAUGGCGUCACUAUCUCGACCACCCCCUCCUUCCCACCAACCCAUGCGUGCCGCCAACAUCUACCAACGCCCGCCGCCGAUACACUCGAUGAACAAUGCUCGCGGUAACAAUCCGCCGCAACACUUCUUCUCCCCGGCCGCGCCGAUGGCUGUAAAAAAGAAGUCUCAAGAGCAAGCCACCAUACGCGGCGAAGCGACCACCAUCGCCGCGCCGUCGCAAAACCCAGCGUUGCAAAAACUCGUCCCGGCGCACUUGCGCGUGCAAAGAGGCGGCGACCAGAAUAAGAAGAAAAAAGUCAACCCGGCGCCAAUGGUCGUAAAAGUCUCGAAGGAAAAGAAGGAUAAAGACGACCAAUACUUGAACUUCUUAGACGACGUGGCCACGUUAGGCGCGUUCCAAGAGUAA